AUGAAACAAGCGUUGUCAGUGCCAGUGUUAAUCGUUCAUGACUCACUCUACUGUGCCUUGUUGGUCGCAUUGCUUCGUCGCCAGCGCAAUGGGAAUCUCGAAACUCGCAGUGAUGUCGGGGCCGGUUCUCUUCCUUUGACGCCGGCUGGAAAGUCAUCUAAGCGUAACAAAGCGCGAUUUGAUAAAUUCCGCUGUCACUACCAUCGAGGAGCACCUGUGAGUGCCGUUGGUUUACUCGAGAUCGAACUCAAGGCUGAUUAUGUGAUGGGGUUACAGCAGCGUGUUGUGUCACACCUGAUGCUAGAUGAGUUUUGGAUCGACGUGGACGAACAUGCAAAUUCGUCUCGCCGUCUUGCUGCUGCUAUCAAGGAGAAGCAGUGA